UUGUGUAAACUAAGAAGAAGGCGAAACCCUAAAAUCUGGUAGAUCAUUAUUGGAGCUUGCUCUGGGGGUGGGGGUGUUACUGUUGUUGUGCACUCUAUGUAACUGUAGUUGUUCUUCCAUUCUCCAUCCAGAUCACCGAGUAGUUUGGUAUUGCAGUCUAUGGUGGUGAUUGUGCUGGUGCCAGGACUAAAACGGAUUAACACGUGAUAAGAGCAGCCUGAUAAAUGGGACCUGAGAGCACUGGGACCAAGGGAAAAACACAAAGCAGACAAGAGAAAGGCUGGGAGCCCUGCGUGUUGCAACUGAAGAAGAUACAAAGUAAAAGGAGCAGAACAGACAGAGAUAAGGGUAAAACGCCAUACAUGAGAUAAGGACAACGCAACAUGCAAGAUUGGAGGCUGUCGGGGAUCAUAAGUACAAAGACAUUAACUGUCAUUGACAUUCUCGUUCUCUGUGUCAGUAGCUGAAAAUGAAUGCUAGUCGGUGCCAAAGCAGAUCACGUCUGUAUUUCUGACUUGGACUAAGCAGGCUAAAGCAAGAUCUACACCAGCGAUAUAUGAAGUGGAUAAAGACGCCUCCUUCUCGUUUCACCAUUCCUGCUGACAUCUCCUGCCUUCUCCCGUGGAGGUGCGAGGCGCUGUAGAAUCGUGGGUGAUCUGCACAGACUGUGUGUGUGUUCCCGUGUGUCAAUCACUUUGUGCUGCGUGUGUCCGGGGCACUGUGCUGUGCUAGUGGCGCUUACCUCCCGUGCUCCCUCCUGGGGGCAGCAGUUCAGCACCAGGCUCAGAGGACAGCGCACAUCUCAGCCCGGGCUACAGGACAAGUUCAUCAGAGACCUGUUUUACUGUACAUCAUAUUAUAGUGCAUAUCGCAGGGCGGCUGCAGGAACCUACUGUAUGUGAGGAAAACAGAAGAUUAUAAGCAGAGAGAGAGGAUCCAUAACAGCCGGUGGCAUGCAAAGAGGGAUUGAAACAUUUAUUAUGCGCCUGGGUAGUUCUGGAAAUUAACCAGUCAAGAUGGAAGUUCCCUUCUGAUACUCAGGUGAUGUGUGUUGUCCAAACAUUCCAUUCUUUCCGCUGGUAGUAACGUUGGACCCUGAGGUGAUGAAGUCUAUCCUGGAUGGCCUGGCGGACACUACGUUUAGAACAAUUACCACCGACCUUUUUUAUAUGGGACCAAAUGAAGUUCAGUAUGAAGACGCAAAGGGUGAUAUUUCUAAACUGGGGUAUUUCCCACAGAAACUGGCAUUAUCCUCAUUUCAAGAAAAAAUAAUAGAUGGUCAAACUACCCACCAUCUAAAUUCAUUUAAUGUAACUGAUUUUUACAAUAAGUCAAGUACUUCAUACAAAGACAAUGAUGGCAAAGUGCAGUGUGGGAAUAACUUCAUGGACAUGGAAUGCUUUAUGAUUCUUACUCCUGGUCAGCAGCUAGUUAUUGCUGCUCUUUCCAUAACCCUGGGUACAUUUACUGUCCUGGAGAACAUGCUUGUGCUGUGUGUCAUCUUGUACUCUCGUAGUCUGAGAUGCAGACCCUCCUACCAUUUUAUUGGCAGCUUAGCAGUGGCCGAUCUUCUAGGCAGUGUCAUUUUUGUCUACAGUUUUGUUGAUUUUCAUGUUUUCCAUCGAAAAGACAGCCCUAAUGUUUAUCUGUUCAAACUAGGGGGCGUCACCGCUUCAUUUACAGCUUCAGUGGGCAGUCUGUUCCUAACUGCAAUAGACAGGUACAUCUCCAUACACAGACCAUUGUCAUAUAAACGAAUAGUCACCAGGACAAAAGCUGUCAUUGCAUUCUGUGUGAUGUGGACCAUAGCUAUUGUCAUUGCUGUGCUUCCUCUGCUAGGAUGGAAUUGCAAGAAGCUAAAGUCUGAAUGUUCAGAUAUUUUUCCCCACAUUGAUGAAACCUAUCUGAUGUUUUGGAUUGGGGUGACCAGUGUUCUUUUGUUAUUCAUAGUGUAUGCAUAUAUGUAUAUAUUAUGGAAAGCUCACACCCACGCUGUAAGAAUGCUGCAGCGUGGCACUCAAAAGAGCAUCAUAGUUCACACAUCAGAAGAUGGCAAAGUGCAUAUUACUAGACCGGACCAGACUCGUAUGGAUAUAAGGUUAGCCAAAACUCUGGUCCUUAUUUUAGUGGUAUUGAUCAUUUGUUGGGGCCCUCUUCUCGCCAUUAUGGUUUAUGAUGUCUUUGGAAAGAUGAACAAGACCGUAAAGACAGUGUUUGCCUUCUGCAGCAUGCUUUGCUUGCUUAAUUCAACUGUGAACCCUAUCAUCUAUGCCCUUCGAAGCAAAGACUUGAGAAAUGCAUUUUGUAGCAUGUUCCCCUCCUGUGAAGGUACCGCGCAGCCUCUUGAUAACAGUAUGGAGUCAGACUGUCAGAAUAGACAUGCAAACAAUAGUAAUGUCCACAGAGCAGCAGAAAGCUGCAUUAAAAGCACUGUUAAGAUCGCCAAAGUCACCAUGUCUGUGUCCACAGAUACAUCUGCAGAAGCAGUGUAAGUCAGUUAUACUGACAUUGUAGGAAAGAAUAUAUGGUCAAGCCUGCCCCUUUUAAUCUCUGUAAAUUACAGCAAAAGAUCAGUCUCAAUCAGAAUAUCUACUAUUCUUAACUAAAAUUAAAGAAACCUAAAAUAUGGGGAUUUUAUCAUGAAUAUCAAGGUCAUUCAGAAGUAAUAGUCUGUUAUACUCCUUAGUUUAGAAUAAAAAGAGCACUAAUUUUAUUAUACAAGAAUAUUUUUUAAUUAUAUAGUUUCAUUUAUUUUGAAAAACAAAAUAAACAACUCAGAUAUAGAUUUACAUUUUUUAAAUCAUUGUUUGUAGUGUUUGGAAUAUUCUGUGUUGUCCAGUUGGACUUUUUCUUAUGUAUUGUACUUGUAAAAAAGAAACUGGAAGACAUUGUAAUACCUCACAUCAUUAAUAUGAAAUUUGUUCAGAAUAUUUCAAGGAAUUAGAGGUAAUCGUCUAGUUUGCUAAUGAUAGAGGAAUUACAUUUCCCUCGGUAAGUGAGACACUGAAAAACUGAAGUAGGUUUUCUUUACUUGCACAAUAAAUGGAGACCUUGGUAUGCACUUGAAUUUAUUAUGGUAAUAUGGAAUUAAAUUUGACAUUGUGUAUAGAUCAUUAGGAAAGAACACUUUACAUCUAAAAUAUCUGUGGGCUUACUGCUUAAUUGUAUUGUGAAAUAAUCAUUACAUGGGAGUGACUUCUCAUUUAUAGGUAAUGGUCCAGGCAUGUCUUAGAACACAUUGGGUCUACGUGGCAUGAUGUGGAUGGCAUCUACAGGCAAGGUCAGGGAAGGCUCUCAGCUGUUUGUGCAAAGCAAUACAGUGUAUAAUGAUAAUGUUGUGAACUUAAUGUACUUAUAUUAGAAGUAGGUUAAAGUCCAUAAUAUACACUAAUGAUAUCCUAAAUGUUCUAAAUAUACAGGAUAUCACAUAUAAUCUAUUUAAAAAUAUAAACCUUUUACUAAGGUUUAAUCUCAUGUCUGAUGUAUUUUGUAUGUUUAAGUCAGUGUAAUGUGCAUGUCUAUUUGUAAAUAAUUGAAUAGGUCAUCAUAUUAAAAAUAUGACCAACAAUUAUGAAUAAGUAUAACUUAUAGCUCUUGUUGCACUAUUUGCACAUGAAUUCAGUUUCUAAAAUUGAGUUCUAUUGAGGUAUUCAUUGAUGGGCAGAGAAUUAAGUUUGAUUCUUCUACAUUAAGUAUUAUAUAAGAGCUCUGAACAACAAUAUUUUAAGAGAAAUGGAUCUUACAACUUUUGUAACCCAAAAUUGCAAAUAAACAGCAGUUAUAGUUAAUCAUACCUUCUCCAAAUUAUUAUUAUUUUUUAUUUUGUACCAUAAGGCACACUGUACGAUUCUGCCCAAUGCGAGCUUAAAGCAUUAUACAGGUACCCCCAGUACACAUACUCUGAAGACCAUAAUAAGAAUUAAUACAGUAGCUGCACCAGUUCAUUGGAAAACAGUAAAUGAUACAUAACCCACUUUGGAAAAAUGGUUUAUUCUGUAAUAUGGAAAGUGCUUAUUUUAUCAUUUUGAAAUUGUGAAUUAGUUAAAUAAGUCAGAUACUUUUAAAAUCUUAAUGAAAAAAGAAUGAAAAGUACUCUCUUUUUGUGGACACUCGACCUACGCAAAAUAUUGCUAAAACUUAGCUUUUAGUGGUAUUCAUUAAAUGGCAUCCAUAGUAGAAUUCUGUAGUAAAGUAAAAUAUAAUAGGUAAUGAAUAAAAUAUAUACAGUAUGUAGAACAAAUAUCCACCAUACACAAUGAAUAACCCUGCUUUAGUUAAGGGGGUAAUGAGGAUAUUGGUAAGAUUAAUAAAAAUCAAAAUAAAAUAUAACAAAAUUGAAUUCUCAGAUCGGUGAUGUGAUUUAAGUAUCACUAAGCCACUGCAAAAAUAUCAUAAGCAUAAUUUGCAUGGUCAGACUGGAGAGCUCCCUAAGAUAUAAUAAUGUGAUCCGUUCACAAAAUUCUUUUAGACUCUAACCAACCCAGAAAAUCAAAGCUGUCUAUUGACAUUAAUGACCCAUAAUGGGUUUUUGUGACCUCUAGUGCCCAAGUAAUUUCCCAUGUGCAGCGUCCUUAUUUUAAUUACAUGAUUUAAUAGUAAUUAUACUGUACCAUAGUUGCAUCCUUCAUUAUGAGAAAUAUUGAGCAACAUUAGUUUCAUAAAGAGGAUCUGUCACCAUUUAUAUGAAGCAGUAAUGAUUCAAAGAAUCAUUACAUCAUUCGGUUAGUCUUUUUUUAUAAUCUUUUAUAUUUUUCCUUUAUGCUCAAGGCUUUUAAAAGACCCAUAUCUAACUAAGAGCAGAUUGGGUUUUUAAAGUAGUAGAGAGGACAAAAUGUGUUUUUUUCCUUCUUUCCUGUCUGAGUUUCAGAUGGGAAUGGGGAUGUGCAUUGCUGUCAUUGGUGUGAGGAAACAAUAAGCACAUAUAAGAUUUUGAUACCGCAAGCAUUGGGUUAAUCAUUAGUAUUCAUGAUGAAAGUACUGAGAGUAGUAACUAGGUAGAUAGGUUACGGUUUAUAUACCUAAAAUAUUGUUUUAGUUGGAGCUAUGUGAAGAUUUAUUCUAAGAACUUGGACCUACUAUAGCAGGACCUUUUUUAAUUGAAGUCUACUGCAUAAUUCAAACUUUAUUCAAUACCCUUUCAAAACAGAUGGAAGGAAAGUUAGCCACAGAGCUUUAUCUAUUCACAAGUUAUAGGCCAGACUUCUAUAAGAAACAUUUGUAACAUGUAGAUCCAUGCACUGAAAUUUGGUAGAAACUAUGACAUUAACAGUCAUUGAAAUGUUUUAAUGCCUGUUUAGUAGGACUUUUUGUUCUUUGCCUACUUGACAUUGUGCUUGGAAUUCAUAUGUAAACUUGUUGCUUUGCUUGCUUAUUUGGAGCAUAAUAGGGUAGAAAUGUUUUACUAAAAACUAGGCAACACCAGUGAGGUUAAAGGUGCAUGGACAGAAUAAUUUGUAUGAGAUAUUAGCUUUAAUAUCUACAUGAUAACAUACUAAAAUGUGCCAAAAGAAAAAAAAAAUAUUUGUAUCUAUUAUUGAACGUUUUAUUGACUAAUUUAUUUUGAACUUCCAGUAUCUUAAUUUAAGGUCAAUAAUGAGAAAAAGAUAGCUUAAUAUACUGUUAUAACCAGGCAAUUUUGAUCUAUAAUCCACCUAAUAGUGUCUCUAUCUGUUUUCCCAUGGACAACAAUAGCCAUGUACUUGCAAUUUGUUGCAAAUGAACCUGAACCAUUAUAUAGUUUAUUUAAAAUAAUCUGUCUACAGUGUAAUGAAACAAACUCUUAUCCAUUUUCUAUCCAACAUUGAUAAUGGAGUCUUAUUUUUUUCAUCUAAACUUUUUGUUAGAAAAAAUUUAAAUACUGUAAAUUGACAUUGCAUGAGGUUACCCCAUAAAAAAUGGCACACAAUAACAUGAAACAGAAUCUGAAUAUGGCUACGCCAUAUGAGGUUACCACAGUAUGUGUGAUACCUUGAUGCAUAAGGCUGAUCAUUUGAUUGACUAUGUACUGGGUCUUGCUGACUUAUGGGCCCUACACACUGACAGAUCCUCCGCCGAGCUGCCCGAUGGCGGAUAUGGCCGACGGGUGCCCCAGCGGCGGGGAGGGGGCAGUGAAGGGGGGAGUGAAGUUUCUUCACUCCCCCCGUUACCCGGCUCCAUAGCAGUGCAGGCAAAUAUGGACGAGAUUGUCCAUAUUGGCCUGCAUGCACAAGCGACGGGCACCAGCGAUGAAUGAGCGUAGGGACGCACAUCGUUCUACGCUGGUGCCUCCACACUGAAAGAUAUGACCGGUAUCUCGUUCAUUAAUGAACGAGAUCAUUCAUAUCUUUCAGUAUUAUCGCCCAGUGUGUAGGACCCAUUAUACCAGCAUCUCAAGAAGAGACUUUCUUACAAAAUCUGAGAAGUGAAUAGGCAAAUCUUUAUCAUGCUGGAAGACAUUUCAGCCAAUAAGUUGGUGCCCUGCGUUCCUUCUGACAAGUCAGGUAAUUCAGAUGCGUGAUGGGUGCUUUUAUUCCAUGGCCCCAGAAUCUAAAUAAUAGGAUGCUAGUCAAAUAAAAAUGGACUUGAAACAGAAAUAGUCAUGAAGGUAUCUAGUGUGCAAUUAAUGAUAAGUUAUAACCCUCCCCACACACACACACACACACACACACACACACACACACACACACCAAAAAUGUGUAUUUAGGACACUGACAAAAUAAAGACUUAGGUUUGUACCUUUUCAAUAAUAAGGUCUCUUUUACAACUGUAAUUUUCAAUAAAUGUUCACAAAAGAAUGUUAUAAAAUAACUAGCAAAGUGUAAUUAAUGCUUACUGUUUUUUCAAAAAUAAUUAAGUGUUCAGCAUACAGAUAUGCCUCUGAACCGUUUUCCUUCUCUUCAUCUCCACAGCAUCAGCAAAUAAGAUAAUGGCUUCCCACUGUUGCUAGCUUACUAAUAUUACUGGUAGCUAAAGGAACCCACAGUCUAACAUCAGUGUUGUUGCCAGGUCUUCAUUAGCACACGGAACCCAGGUCUUUUAUAGAAACAAGGCUCCUGGGACUCCAGACAUGAUUGCACCUAUAAUUACUGCAACUACUAUUUCCACACCACUGCUGAUCAAAAUCCCAUCUUAGAGAAAAUCUCUAAAAUGUAUUAAUAAUUAAUCAACAAUGCAAGUAAAUGAAAUAGCACAAUAUGUACAGUGCUUAGGAUGUCUCCCAUGUGCUCAAGUUGCAUUAAACUACAUUAGAAAUACUGUAUGUACCUUGGAUAUGUUCAAGACUCGUUAAAAAGAUAUAAAAUGUACUGUAGCAUGACAUUCCCAAGGUGAAAAACAGUAAUAUAACCGGUUCACAGUUUUGUACUCCUAGCCUGCGUUACACAUGCACAGUUACUGUAUAUCAGAUAAAAAGCCAUUUAAAUAACUUAAAAAAAUAUUUUGCACUUACAUUAAAUAUUCUAAUACAGGAAUUAGGGAAAGGUGAUUAAAAGGGUAUUAUGGUUUAGAGUAAUUUAAUUAUCUGCUUGAAGUCUACAAAGCAAGUGAAGAAAAUUAAGAGCCAUUUUUUGAAACUGUCUUCUUGUACAAGCAACAAAACUUUUACAGGUUGUUUUAUAUAAUUAAGAUUUAAAUAAAUCACGGGACAAUGGGGCUGUCUGGCACUAAAACUAGUGCUUGUUCAUAUGACAAAUCAUACUGUGUAAAAACUUGUGACAUUUGUUCAUUAUUCAUAUCCAUGCCAAACCUAGUGGGGGUAAGUUAGUAUUAUGUUAAGAAACCAGCUACCUAACUCUCUGCUCUGUAUUUGUAUUUGUGUGUUAUAGAGGAACUCAUAAUUCUAAAGCUACUUUAGUUUUAUAUACUGGGCCUUAUGAAACCUCCUUUACACUGUCUAUGUUAUCUUUUUAUACUGUAGGUAUCCUUAACUGUUGUUUUAAGGCAUUUGGUACAUUUUGCUUGACAUUUUAUAAAGGUGUACUCAUUUUUACAUUAAUAUUGAAAAUUAAAAUUUUUCAGAAUGCUUGGCAUUAGGAAGAAGAUUUAAGGGCACCUAGUAACUAGUAAAGAAGCUUGUAUAUGUUCUGUGAAAUUAAUUUUUUUACCUUUGGGACCAAUUCCUGAAAGUGUUUGUUCCAAGUGUCAAUAAUCCCGGGUGCCCAACUACAUUUCUUAAUGCCUUCCAGCCUUUUUUUCUCCAUGGCCCAAUGGAUAUUUGUGCUUAAACCAUCCAGGGACAGAUCUGUUUUUCAGCCUCAAAAAAUGUAACAAUUUACUUAAUAUUAAAAAAUUCCUGAUUAAUGGCAAAACACGUUAUUAUUUUAGGCCUAUUUUCUUAAUUAAAAAAACACCCUUUUGGCUUGCAUGAGUCUGUCUAUGUGUAAAAAACAAACAGGCACCUCCCUCUGUUAUCUUUGGGCUCAUAUUUAAAGUGUUCAUUGAUUGAUUGUAUAUGGAAAAACACACCUAGUUAAGGCAAAACUUGCAUAUAUAAGAGAAUCACUCAAUACAAGAAACUGACUAAAUUUUACAAACAGUUUGAAAUUUUCAUUAAACUUUGAAUCUACUUUGGUUCUGCUAAAGCUAUCUAAAAAUCUGAGCUGAGUUAUUUAGUCAUGUAACAAACUAAGCUAUGAAAAUCAUUUUCUCUUUGUGGUUCCAGAGGAUACCAUUACUGUUGAGUAAUUCAUGUAGAUUGGUUUCAGAAUAUAUAUAAAUAAUAUCUAUGCUAUCACUGGUCAUUUGAAAAUAGCAGACACUGUAAGAUUCACAGGCACAUGCUGUAUUUGUGGAGAGGCUGCAUUUUUUAAGACUUGUAGUCGUAACCGUGAAUUGGGGAUAAUAGGGCUAGAAACAUAUAUAAGCAAAAUCACUUAUUCAAUACUAGUUCCAUGUUGACUACAGUAUAAGAAUGAUUGGGUGAAUGAGAUUGGGUGAAUGAGAAUGCUUUAUAUAGGUAGUACAUACUGUAAUAGUUGAGUGGAUAAUACUAAAUAACAUAUUGAAUAGUUAAACUUGCAGUUGCUAAUUUAUAAAGACCACCUUACAUACCAAUGUUCAUAUAUAGCUGUUAUCUAAAAUGUAAAUAUUGUUGUGCAAUACUAUUUUACAAUAUACUCUAAACAAGAUUAUGCAAAUCAGGUGUUUCUAUGAGGAAAGGAUUUCACAAACAAUCAAGUUUUUAGUUAAUUUGUGGGAGUAAGCUCUGUGGUACCUUAAAAUAAACCUUUAAAGUAUUAGUCUUAUUUAUGGUUAUAAGCACACAAUUUGUUAUACAGCAAAGAGCUGUGAGAGGAAAAUACCCUUGUUACCAUUCUGUAAGAGUGAGUACACCUUUGUAAUAGAUCCCACAGUACUUGCGAAGAACCAUUUCUGUUUCAGAUAUGAAGGUAGUGCGAUUCUGUCUUAUAAGUGUUUAUUGUUCCACACAAUUGAUCAUACAAUGUAUAAAUAUAUAUUUGGGAAAAUAAUUGUAUAUUUGUAUCAUACAGAGAUUAUCUUGUUGUUGAAAUUGUUGUAAAUGUUUUCUUAUAAUGGCCUUUUGAUAAAACUGUUGGAAUGGGUUGAGAUGGACAGACAAGUUAUCUGCUCUCACAGGACUGAAUGUAUGUAAAUAUAAAAAUAACAAAAAAAAUAUCCAGUUUUAAGAUGGAGUUGAUAAGCAUAUAUUUUGAAUAGUUGUAUCCUGUAGGUCUACUAAACGGUACUUAAAAAACAAAGCCUCUUCUUUAAGUCGAAAGAAGUAGAAAUUCAAAAUAGCCCAACUUUACUUACAUUUUUCACAGGUACACUGAGUGAGGUUCUAUAUGAGUCAAAGUGCAGUAUCAGAUAUCAGUCUUGCAAUUUUGAUCAGCUAAUGCGGGACUGGUUUGUUCUUAGUAAUUAAUGGAGAUUAUUUAAUAUUGUCUGUGAUUCAAGCAUUAAACUUCCUUUGAGAAGAUUGUUGUCUAAUUUGAUGUUUGUUCAGCUGGUAACACCCUAUGUAACUGCUACAAUAUCUUUUGUUCAGUAAUCUGUUACAAACAUUGUACACAAGUACUAGUGUAAAUGUCUUUUAAAGUAUUUUUACUCUCUGUAGGAAAGUGUAUUUCUGUAAUAUUUCCAGUGUAAAACUACCAUACCAUAUUUUAUUUAUACUCUGUUAUUAAACUGUUCUUUCAAA